AUGUCAUGCCCCAAAGGUCUCUGGGGCUUGGUGAAUAAUGCUGGCAUCUCCAUGCCCUCAGUACCCAAGGAGUGGCUGACCAAGGAAGACUUUGUGAAAAUACUGGAUGUGAACCCUGGGGUAAUCCAGGUGACCCUGAGCCUGCUGCCACUAGUGAGGAAAGCGAGGGUGCGGGUUAAUGUUGCCAGUGUCCUGGACAGAGUUUCCAUUUCUGGUGGAGGCUACUGCAUCUCCAAGUAUGGUGUAGAGGCCUUCUCGGCCUCCUUAAGGAGAGAGCUCUCCUUCUUUGGGGUGAAGGUGGCUGUGAUCGAGCCUGGUUACUUCAAGACUGGGAUCACCAGCAAAGAGACAUUUUUAAGGACCUUACGGAAGGUGUGGGACCGGGCCAGCCCGGAGCUCAAGGAGAUCUAUGGAGAGGAGUUCCUGGCUUCUUACAUAAGAUUUUAUGAAAAAAUGGAGAAGAAAUGCUCGUUUGAUUUGUCCUUGGUGACAAACUGCCUGGAGCACGCUCUGACUGCCUGCUACCCGCGUACCCGAUACUCGGCUGGCUGGGAUGCCAAACUUCUCUACCUCCCAAUGAGCUACAUGCCCACUGCCCUGGUGGAUGCCAUGAUCUACUUGAACUCCUCAAGGCCUGCCAAGAGCCUUUGA